AGAAUGUGAUUACCAUGGUGACACGAGAAAAAGUUGUCUAGAUGGGUGCCUGUUCAAAAAACAGAACAAUUAAACAAUUAUCCAUCAUAUAUUAAAAAAACGUUUGAUGGAACCGUGUCUGUUGAUGUUUAAAUCGGCCUCCUGCACAACUUCCAGAGGUUCAGUCUGACCGAAAUAAUGUGAGCGGAUGUUGUAUCUGGAUCGAGUCGGUGCUGGGUUCGGUGGAGGCCCGAAUCGCCGAGCCUUUUGUAAGGAAAAAAAGACAGCAUGAAGGAAGUGGAUUAUGUUAAUCAGAGCAGCAUUGAAAGUCUGGCGUUAGAGAACAAAGUGCGGAUGAAACAGCUUGGAGAUCACCAGCCGCAGGAUGUUUGCAGAAACGAAUCCGCAGAUGUCAACCAUCAUCCUCUGAAUACAGAAGAGGUUCCUUGGAGCCCCAGUUUGGACGAGCAGAACCCAGACGGCCCCUUCAUAAAGGAAGAACUUGAGGAAAGUUGGAUAAGUCAGGAAGGAGAGCAGCUAGAGACUGAGUACAUCAACUUCCCGCUUAAUAUUGUUGUGAAGAGUGAAGAUGAUAAUGAAGAGGAAUCAGAGUACUCACAGCUUCAUGAAAGUCAAACGUUAGACCCCAGAGAGGCAGAGUGUCCGACCACCAGCUCUGUCAAGUGGAUUAAAACUGAAACUGACGGAGAUUGUGGACAACUGGAACUUGUCUGGAAGCCUGGUCCAAAUAAUUUCAAAUUAGGUUCAGAAAGAAAGACUGCAGAAUCCUCUGAGACCGAUGUCAGCGAAGAUGAUGGUUAUGACGACUGGCAGCAACCUUUGACAGAGAAAGAAAGUGGUUGGAAGGGAGCCUGCGGAGCUAAUAUCAAAGGUUCUGAAACGAUGCCUAAUCCAAAUUCACAGACCAAAGUCCACACAGGAAAGAAAAACUUCAGCUGUGAUGAAUGUGGCAAAACAUUCAGAGAUCAGUUUAGUCUUAAAUCUCACAUCAGAGUCCACACAGGAGAGCAGCCGUUUGUUUGUGAUGUUUGUGGAAAAAGAUUUAAGCACCAGCACGACGUGAAGAAACAUAUGAGAGUCCACUCUGAGGAGCAGCCAUUUGUUUGUGAAGUUUGUGGUAAAGGAUUCAAGCAUCAGCACAAUCUGAAGACGCACAUGAGAAUCCACACGGGGGAAAAGCCCUAUGUUUGUACCAUCUGCGGUAAAACAGCAAGGCAUCAGAAUAACCUGCGAACGCAUAUGAUAGUUCACGGAGGAGAACAGCCGUUUAGUUGUGAUAUUUGCGGUAAAAAGUUCAACCGGCAGACAAAUCUUAAGGCGCACAAAGUGGUCCACACCGGAGAGAAACCACAUAGCUGCGAGAUCUGUGGCAAAAGUUACAAACGUAGAACACACCUUAGGGGUCACAUGACCACACACAGUGAGGAAAGGCCUUUUGGCUGUGAAGUUUGCGGCAAAAGAUUUAACCGUAAAACAUACCUGGAUACACACAUGGUGGUCCAUACAGGCGAGAAGCCUUAUAGCUGUGAUUUCUGUGGGAAAACUUUCUCCCGAAAAACUCAUCUAGAUUCACACAUCAACGUACAUAUGGGGGGGCAACCUUUUGGUUGCCCUGUCUGUGGUGAAGAAUUCCUCCAACAGAAAAGUUUGGACCAACACAUGCCUUUACACUUUAUAUAAUAGCAUUCCUGCUCAAGCAGUGGCUAUGUUAAUAUAACGUACACUUUAUUUCUGGUUUUCUCCCAGGUACAUUGAUUUAACUCUGGUGUCAGUUGUUCUGACCACAAAGGAAAGAAGGGCCAAACACGCAUUGUAAAACCAAUAAACAAGUGAUUUAUGGGGAAUUAACGGAGUGGCUCUGUAGGCCUCUUUAAAAGUAACUGGCUAGAUGUCCACCUUCUUUUCAAAGGCUUGACAAAGCUUAUUUAACAAACAGAAGACAUAAGAAUGCAAAUAAAUUUCCCACAGGAUUUCCAUAAUUUACUUGGAUAUGUGCUCUUCUAAGUGACCUGGUGCCAUAGGAGGUUGUAAGGGCCGACAUUUGAUGGCUAAACAACAAAACUGACCUAAGCUAGGCUUAGGGUUAUUAUUUUGCUUUCGUGGCUGAACAACUUUGGAUAGAUUGCGACAUGGAUUCUGAAUGGCCUCCCAACAGAGAAAAACAUUCCUCCUACAAGAUGUUCAUCCACAUUUGUGUGAGCCAGCACGUGACUUUGAAAGUCCGUGAGCCAUUGUGGACAGUAACAUGGCUCCAGAACCUGAAUUAUUGUGCAUGCUUGCCAACUAUAAACAAUGUGAUCUGCUGCUUUCUCCUGAGAUAGAAGAUAUCACAGCUGUGCUGACUGUAUUGAAAUCCCCCUAUUAAUCUACAGCAAUAUACACUGCUUACAUGCACAUAAUAAUUAGAUGUCUUUGAUGCAUAUGGAAGCAGACUUAAUACUCUGACUCAUUUGCUACAAUGAAUCCCGUUUCAUGUGCAGUCAUGGUGGAGCUAGCAGGUUCCAAAACGGGUCCAAGCAGGACUUGUGGCUGCCAUUUUGAAAACCGGUUUGGACACCCCAGUCUGCCCUGGUCGUCUUUAUGUCCUGCUUCAAAAUGUUCUCUGUUUUAAUGUGUCAUGUGUUGGUAGGAGACCUCUCCGAGUCUCCAGCAGUUAAUGCUGAUGGUUUGUUGUAAAGGUGGGAUUCUAUGAAGUUAUUUCAUGAUUAAGAAUGAAAAGGCAAAACAAAUUAAAACAUCAAUGCGUUUAAACACUAAUUUAGUUAGGUGUAGGAAUAUGAGAGGGCAUGUUGUAUUGAGUCUCCCUCAAAGAGCAGUAAGGAACUGCACACUUAGUAAUGGGUUGGUAAGUUUUGAUACCAAGAUGGUUAUUAUAUUGUAGAAUCUCAUUUAUAACUGUUUGUCUGAAUUUGGAGAACCUUUGUUCAUUGGCAUCGACUCUCAGCUACUCUGUUGGUUUCGACUCCAAGUGUGAAUAAAUAAAUCACUACAUUAGUUCAUGUAAUCAGGUUUUGCUUGCUGUGACGUUGCUUCGUUGGUCCAUGACGGGAAGGGUAAUUCAGACAACUCAUUUGAUGUUUCUUUGAUUUGAAUAUUUCUCAGAUAAGUCAAACAGGGUCACAUCAUUUCUGUUAUUUAUGAAAAGUACGGUGUAUUUAAAUGUAUGUACUGUCCUCAAGCUUCUGUGAGCUCUUUUUUUUCUUCUGCUUUAGAAAAUAUGGGUUAAAACAGAUCGACAGUGUAUUUAUUGGACUAGUUCUUCACUUUUCUUGAUUAUUCCAGAAAUCUUUAAUGUCUGUUUUGAUCAUAAAACAAUUUUAAUAAACUAUAAUCUGUUUUCUGACAUGA